UCCAUGGCGGCGGCGGCGGCGGCGGCGACGACAGCCGCCCCCUCCCCACCCCCGGCGGUCACCAGGGGCCAAAAAUAAUCGGGGCUCUGGAGAGAGGAGGGUCCCGGCCGCACGGAUAUCAGGCCCCGAGGACGGAUGGAGGCGUCGGGGGCGGCCGAUGCAACGGAUUGCGAGGCGGCGGCGGCAGCCCGGGUGCUGCGGCCGGCAGCUGAAAAAUGGCUCCAGGAAGCUGCCGCUGACAAUGAAUGAAGGGAUACGGUUUACGCGCCAAGGUCCUCCCGCGAAACUCGGAUUUCCCGCCGGCUUUUCAAACCAUAUUUGCAUAUCCCCGCCCCUCAACCCGCCGAGGACCGUUCCCACAGCCCAUUGGGCCUCCGUCGCCUCCCUUCAGUCCCAAUCGCGGAGCAGGGCCGCGAUGGACUGCUUUCCAUUGGCUGUCGGGCAUCGUGGUUACCGGGGCGACAGGGGUCCUAUUUGCAUAAGCCUGUUUGAUUGGUUUGGGUCAGGGCAGGUUUUUUUUUUUUCUUGGAGGGUGGAGCAACACCUUCGCUGCUCUCCCACGGCUGACCACGCCUGCCUCGGGCCCCGCCCCGGCCCCGGCCGCCCGCGGGGUUGGCUCCCCUGACCCGGGCAGGCACUCAGAUCUCUGCGCGCUGGGUGUCAAUCUAGCCGAGAGCGCAGGUUUCGCUUUUGCAAACUGUCAAGGUGACCACGGGGACACUUUGGGGAACAGCUCUUUGGCUGGUCCGGGCAGCGGAUGAGCAACUGCGUACAGGAGAUCCUCCCCAGAUGUGCGCCUGGCAGGUGGAAGCUGAGCCCUUUAACUCGGGGCGCUCUCGCGUCCUGAGAUCCAGCCCACGCGGCCCCGACAGCCGAGGCUGACCGGCACACGGAUCGUGGGGGCAGGAGGUUCGGCUCACGGCCGUGGCGGGCUCCACUUCGUUCCCGCUCCAGAGCUUUCCUGCUAGCUGCAUUAUCGGCCCGGGGUGGGUUUCGGUGGAAACGCACUCUUGGGCAAGGGACAUCAAGUACCGCGGAGUUACUGGAUGGAGGCCAGCCGACACUGUGCGGCCCAGAAGCACGCAGGGCAGUUCGUCAGGGCUAGCCUAGAACUGUGCAAUCCGCGGGCAGUAAUCCCAGGAAGGCGCUCGCUUCCAGGAUGACGUGGUGAUCUCGCGAGCUGCGCCCGCGCCGGCCCGCGCAGCCCGGGUUUGCUGGCAAGUUCGCCCCGGGAAAGCAAACUCCGGGCCGCCCAGACCGACGCCGGAAGAUUUCAGAAGACCCUUUUUUUUUUUUUUAAUUUCGAGUAAACUCGAAAUUGUCGUCAAAAAAUAUUAUGACAUAUUGUUGUCGAGUGGACUUCUGGAUUGGUGCAGCUCUUCACAGGCCUUAAAAUUAAAAACUGCUCCGUGAGACUUUUUUUUUUUUUUUUUUUUUUUGCAGAAA